AAAGUUGAGUUGAAAUCCAAGAUGGCGACGCCUAUAGCGAAGACGUGAUCCGAAGGAACGAAUCGAUUAGACUGUAUUUAAAAACAUAAGUGUGACUUUCAUAUCAUGGACUGUUGGAUUAAUGUCCCUACGACCACAACACUUAAAUAAACCAGGAAACACAACGGAGCCAUGCAGGCGUCAGUGAGAAGGCUGGUUCUGUGCCCGCUGGCUGCUUCCCGGUCCGGCCACAUCAGCUACGGCCUCCUGCGCCCAGUCGGCUGCCUCUGGUCCCCCAGAACCCGCAACCUGUUCAGUGAGACGGGAGUGUGGGAGACGGCUUAUAAAACGGAGACCCGAGUCAGACUGGAAGAAUGGUGGCAACCACGGAUUAUGACACAGUGCCGGAAUGACGCGCUGGAAGAGAGUUCCAACAAGGAGAAGUUUUACGUCCUCUCCAUGUUCCCGUACCCAUCAGGGCGACUGCACAUGGGACACGUACGAGUGUAUACCAUCAGUGACACUAUCGGCCACUUCCAGAGGAUGAGAGGCCGUCAGGUGUUGAAUCCAAUGGGUUGGGAUGCUUUUGGACUUCCAGCUGAAAACGCGGCCAUAGAGCGAGGACUCGACCCAGAGGAAUGGACCAAAAGUAAUAUCCAGUCCAUGCGGGAGCAGCUGGACAGCCUCGGCCUUUGCUUCAACUGGGACCGGGAAGUGACCACUUGCCUUCCAGACUACUACAGGUGGACUCAGUAUCUUUUUGUCAAGCUCUUUGAAGCAGGACUUGCAUAUCAGAAAGAGGCAAUGGUGAACUGGGACCCUGUGGAUCAGACGGUGCUGGCCGAUGAGCAGGUGGAUGAAAAUGGCUGCUCCUGGAGGUCUGGUGCCCUGGUGGAGCAGAAGCUGCUCACACAAUGGUUCAUCAAGACUACAAACUAUGCCAAGCCUCUCCUGGACUCCCUGGCAGACCUUCCAGAAUGGUAUGGUGUCAAAGCCAUGCAGGCAAACUGGAUUGGAGAUUGCACCGGCUGCUACUUCGAUUUCAAGCUCAAGGUGAACGGGGAGGAGUCGGGGGAGAACCUCUCGGCCUACUGCUCCUCCCCGGAGACGGUGUUCGGAGCGGCUUACGUGGCCAUCCUGCCCUCCCACAGGCUGCUGCACGGCAGAAGCUCGGUGCGUUCGGCUUUGGAGAAAGCCUUUCAGCCAGGCAAAGACUGCCUCACAGAAGUCACUGCUAAAAACCUGUUUACCGGCCUGGAGGUUCCCCUGGUCAUAUCCCGCGAGGAGGCGUUUGAUGGCCAUCUGGAAUCUGUGAUCGGUGUCCCAGAUUGUAGAGAGGAGGAUCUAUCUUUGGCCAGAGCUCUGAAUCUGAGGUGUACGACUGUGCUGACGAGUGAUGAAGAUGGGAAACAAACACUGAUCAACUCUGAUGAGUUCUCAGGCCUGACCAGAGAGCAGGCAUUUGACGCCAUUACACAGAAGGCGAGUGAGCAGAAGGUUGGCGGCCACCUUACCAGCUCCAAGCUCAGGGACUGGUUGAUAUCGAGGCAGAGAUACUGGGGAACACCCAUCCCCGUAGUGCAUUGUGGGUCGUGUGGUCCGGUUGCUGUCCCGGAAGACGAGUUACCAGUUACGCUACCAAAGAUGCCGUCCUUUAAAGGAAAGGGUGCAUCGCCACUGGAGGCUGCGCAUGACUGGGUGAACUGCAGGUGUCCCAGAUGUAAGGGCUCGGCCAGGAGGGAGACGGACACCAUGGACACCUUUGUGGACUCUGCCUGGUAUUACCUUAGGUACACGGACCCUCAUAACACAGACAGGCCGUUUGAGCGCCACCUAGCUGAUCGCUGGCUGCCGGUGGACGUGUACAUCGGAGGGAAGGAGCACGCCGUCAUGCACUUGUACUACGCUCGCUUCCUCUGUCACUUCUGCAAGGAUCGGGGUCUCGUCGCUCACAGGGAGCCUUUUUGGAAGCUGCUGGUCCAGGGUCUGAUCAAGGGCCAGACUUUUAAACUGGCAGACAGCGGCCAGUACCUAAAGAGAGAGGAAAUAGACUUCACAGACAAGGAGCCGGUGGUGCAUGGCGGCGGUCGCGUUGAGGUGUCAUGGGAGAAGAUGAGCAAGUCCAAACACAACGGGCUCGACCCCCAGGAGGUGGUGCAGCAGUACGGCGUGGGCACGGUUCGACUCUACACCCUUUACGCCGCACCACCUGAACAGGACAUCCUCUGGAAUGUCAAGACGGAUGCUCUCCCUGGUGUCCUGCGAUGGCAGUGUCGCCUCUGGAGUCUGGUGACCAAGCUGAGGGGAGCUCGGCAACUCGGAGACGUCCCCAGUCCCUCCCUGCUGAAAAAGAAAGAGCUGGCAGAGACAAAGAAGAUCUGGGAGAAUAAGAACUACACUAUUCAAGAGGUGACCUCUUACUUCACAGAGGACUUCCUCUUCAACGCGGCAAUUUCUCGUCUGAUGGGACUCACCAAUACACUGACGAGUGCGACGGUCAAGGUGGUGCAGCACAGUGAGGAGUUUGAGGAAGCUCUGGCUGCGCUGGUUCUGAUGAUCGCACCCAUGACUCCUCACCUGGCUUCUGAACUCUGGGCAGGUCUUUGUCAGGUGAAGAACCCCCUCGGCGGGCUUCUCCGGCAGGGAGGAAAUGUCCUGCAACAGUCUUGGCCAACAGUGGACCCUGAAUACCUGCAGGUCCCCGACUUUGUGCAGCUGUCUGUACUGAUAAACAACAAGGCCUGCGGCACCGUGACGGUGCCUCAGCAGGUUUCCAAAGACUGUGAGCGGGUGCAGCAGCUCAUCAUGGAGAGCCCGUUUGGACAGAAGCUUCUUGGAGGCCGCCGCAUCAAGAGAGCAGUCCUCUCCCCCAGGACGCCCCUCAUCAACCUCCUCAUCGACGAGUGAUAUUUGGGCAUUUAUAUUAACUGUCACAAAUACAAUGUUCAAAAUGAUGUUUUAUUUAUACUUUGUUUGUUUUUAAUAAAAGACUUGGGAUUCAUUGGGA